AUGCAGUUCACCAUCAUCGCCAUUGCUGCUUUCACCGCCGCCGUCUCGGCCAUGCCCACCGGACCUUCAUUUGGUGACGUCUCCAUCAACAGCGCCYCUGUCAAGUCUUGCGCCGCCAACACAAAGACUUCUUGCUGUGACGUCACCUCCGUCUCGAGCGGUAUCCUCGGCAAUGUCCUCGGUGGCUCUUGCUCCCUCUCCAACUUCAACAUCCCAAUCAUCGCCGCUGGUGGUAUCUCCGGACCUCAGUGCAACAACGGCAACACCUUCUGCUGCCCUACCAACCAGAACGGUAACAUCAACCCAACCCUCUCCUGCAUCCCAAUCACUCUUUAA